AUGCACAGGGCAUUCUCCGCCGUCGUCGCUCUCAGACCGUGGCUCUUGCAAUCCCUCCUGACCCCUGCCCGUCCCUCGUUCGCAGCACCGCCCCGCUCGCACCUCUUGCGCACCAUCUUUACCAUGAACUCGUCUAACAACGGACAGCACCGCGGCCCAGCCCGUGGCGGCGGAAGGAACAGGGGCCGCGGCGGCCGCCCGCAGCAGCAGCAGCAGCAGCAGCAACGUCACCGUCACAACGACUCGGUCGUCUCGACGACGGCCAACACGCCCGUCGCAUCCGGCACCGCCACCCCCGUCAAGAUGGAAGAGCUCGACGCUUCGUCCGAGGGCGGACACCUGACCGCCACCCAGUUCAGCUCGCUCCGCGGCAAGAUCGACGACCGCCUCCUCAACGCCAUCCCCUUUACCCACAUGUCCCAGGUCCAGGCCGCCACCCUGCCCACCGCCCUCUCGGGCCGCGACGUCCUCGCCCAGGCCAAGACCGGGACGGGCAAGACGCUCGCCUUCCUCAUCCCUUCGAUCCAGCGCCUCCUCAGCCUCGACACCCCGCCGCCCGCCUCGGCCGUCUCGGUCCUCGUCCUCUCGCCCACCCGCGAGCUGGCCCUCCAGAUUGAGCGCGAGGCCCACAUGCUCCUCGCCAACCUCCGCGGCAGCAUCGAGGUCCAGCACGUCGUCGGCGGCACAAACAUCCAGACGGAGCGCACCCGCCUCAAGGCCAAGCGCAAGGACCUCCUCAUCGCCACCCCCGGACGCCUCCUCGACCACCUCGACAACGCCACCCCGGACCUCAACCUCCGCGACGCCUUCCAGAACCUCCAGCUCCUCGUCCUCGACGAGGCCGACCGCAUGCUCGACAUGGGCUUCCGACAGGACCUCGAAAAGAUCCUACGCGCCAUGCCCGCCCAGCGGCCCGGACAGCACCGCCAGGCCCUCUUUUUCUCGGCCACCAUCCCCUCGUUUGUGCACGAGGUCAAGCUGCUCAAGCCCGACCACGCCUUUAUCUCGACGCUCAAGGAGGAGGAGGUCAACGUCCACCAGCACGUGCCCCAGGAGGUGGCCAUCGUGCCCCUCCACCGCGCCAUGCCCUUCCUGCUCCUCUGCCUCCUCGCCGAGGCGCGCCGCUACCCGGACACGCACAAGGUGCUCAUCUUCCUGCCGACGGCGCGCGCCACGUCGCUCUACGCGUCCAUCUUUGCCGACCUGGCGCGCCACCCGGCCUUCAAGGCGCUCGGCCCCGUUUUCGAGAUCCACUCGCGCAAGUCGCAGUCGGCGCGCACCAGCACCAUGGCCUCGUUCCGCACGUCGGCGUCUGGGCUGCUGUUUUCGUCGGACGUGACGGCGCGCGGCGUCGACAUCCCCGGCGUCUCGCUUGUCGCCCAGGUGGGCCUGCCCAUGUCGUCGGAGCAGUACAUCCACCGCCUCGGCCGCACCGCGCGCGCCGGCAAGGACGGCCGGGGCGUGCUGAUCCUCUCGCCGCACGAGGAGUGGUUCCUGCGCAGCCCCGAGGUGGACCGGCUGCCCAUCAAGCCCAUGGACACGGCGGCGCUGCGGGCCGAGGGCGCGGCGGCGGGCACGCCCGUCGAGACGUGCAACGACGCCGUCGACGCCGCCAUGGUGGCCACCGACGCCUCGGCGCGCUCGCAGGCGUACCAGGCACACAUGGGCUACUACAAGUCGUUCCUCAAGGCGUGCCGCUGGAAGCCCGAGGACCUGAUCCAGCACACCAACCACUAUGCCUACGCGACGCUGCUGUGGAACCAGUCGCAGGUGCCGUCGCCGGCGUCGGAGGCCGAGAGGGCCAACGACGCCGCGCCGCUGCCCGCCGGCUUUGUGCCGCCGCCGCUGCUGGCCAAGACGGUGGGCAUGAUGGGUCUCAAGACGUACCGAUCGCUCCUCAACGUCGUGCAGAGCCUGCCGGACAAGGAGACCGGCGGUGGAGGUGGUGGUGGUGGGCAGCAGGGGCAGGGGCAGAAGCGCGCCAGGGGCGUGCCUGGCGGCGGCGGCGCGAGCGGAGACGACGGUUCGUCGCGUGGUGCGCCCCGUCGUGGUGGUGGUGGCGGCGGUGGUGGGGCGAGGGGAGGACGAGGAGGAGCGCGCCCGCGCCGUGGCGGUCCCCCCGCCUAG